GUUGCAUAAGAGAGCAGUGGGGAAGUGAGCAACUUUUUCUCCUGCUCGCCCCCUUUGCACUCUCUCGUUUGUCAUUGCGGAUAACACAUUGCACGUCACUUGAUCCUUUUUUUUUUAUUUUUUUUUGCUGUGAAUUGAACAUUGUUUCCGUGGUAGGGGGUUCGGCCCAGCAUUUCGAAGGAGUCGCUGGAGUGCGCGGGUAAUUAGGUAAUCAUAAGGGGGGCCGCUAAUUAACGCAGCUGAUGAUCCGUUGGUCCCUUUUUGUGCGAGAGAGAGCCACCUCUGCGUGGACGUGCUAGGAUGUGUCGUCCCUUGGUACGGAUACCUCCGUUUUAGAAAUCUGCGCCCAGAAUGAGGGAAGAUCCGCAUGAUGGUGAGUGCGAACAAAGGGGAAGUGCCGUAAUGCUAAACAACGAACGAAGCAGCGAGGGUGUAAACAGGGGGAUGCCCCUUGAUCUGGCUAACUACCACGGGGAAGAAGGCGACUGUGGAGAAGAACAGGGACACCCUGGAAGGACCUUCCUUUACAUGGAACGGACAGAUGAGCCACCAGGUGCCUGCACAAAGCUCAUAUUAAAUUUUAAAAAACUAAAGUUAAGGAGCGAACAGGAUUUUGCCCAAAUGGUACGUCAAAACUGUGCAACCAUAUUGGAUACCUUAAAAAAGGCAGAGGUGGGGAUAGCAGCAGCUGCCAUUAACAACAUAGGGAUACCUUCCCUAAAGGAUAAAAACGGCCAAUCGGUCAAAUGUAAUAACGAGGGAGAGGCAAAAAAUCGAAUUGUGUGGGAAUUGGAUCUGUCCUACAAUUACUUUGUGCACCUCUCCAUUGGCAACGUUUUGUAUGUUCUUAUGCAGAAUCGAAUAAUUAGCCAGGGGGGUGUUUUAAAGGUACGCAAUUUAGCAACAAUAAACAUACGAAAAAAUUUAUUAACUCUUUUUCCCCACUGGGGGGAGUACAAAUUGGAGAGUCUGCUCCACUUGUGUUUGUCGCACAAUGAGAUUUGUGAAGUGGCAUCGACGGGCGGUUCACCCACGAAUGGUUUACGCCCGCCUGCCGAAAUGGAGACACGCCCAGCUUGCGCACCUAACGUGGAGAGAGAUCCCCUCUUCGUAGCCGAGACGAAGGGAGAACGCCCUGGUGAAGAAGGGGCACUGAACUGGCAAGCACCCAAUUUGACUCACCUUUAUUUGCAAAACAACAAAAUUACGUCUCUCCAAUUUGUUAAGUACUUACUCAAUGGGCACAAAAAUGUUUCCCACAUAAAUAUCAGCUUUAAUAGAAUAAAGUCGUUAAAUGACUUCCCCUUUUUGGCAAAUUUGAAGCAGUUCGAUUUAUCCUUUAACACGCAAUUGUCAUGUCUCCUUGGUGACAAGCAAGUUGAGCGCAAAAGGGGGGAUAGCCUUCUCAGCGCGUAUGAGCACGAAGGGGCGGGUAAACAGAACGGCCACGCCAGGAGCAAUUUUUUUAACAUCCCCUCACGUGGCGAUAAACAGUUAAAUCAUCAAAACAUUUUUGCUGCGUUGAAGUAUUUUUUCCCCAAUUUGGAAAGCCUUAAUUUGAAACACACACCAUUGCUUAGCAGGUUAGCGGGUUAGCGGCGCGGGGUAAGGC